AAGGCCGCUCGCGCGGCUGUCCCUUCGUUUUCCCCAAACUGUGCCGACCGAACAACCACCGUCCACCGGUCUUCCCCGCCGGGCACACGCCUAACGCCUCCAUUUCUAGAUCCGGGGGGCGGCCAUCCUCUCUUGUCUCCGUGGCAACUGGCAACCGUGCCUCUCCUCCUUCCUGGCAGCGUUUCCCCGCGGGGACGGCGCGUGGAGCUGAUCCCGUCAUUUGUCGUGUUAUGUUUUUUGUCCAGCGGCACACUUGUUCAACUAAAGAGUGAAGAACAGAAUUUGUAGCGCCAUGGCUGUGGAAAGAGAUGUAUUUGGAAUUUCAGGGCCAACAUAUCUGAAACCAAUCGAUUGGAACUGUGAGCAUAAUCGGAGAUCUGUGGCUGCAAGCUUAGUUCAGGCUGUAUAUGUGUUGGAGAGAGACCGACAACUGAGUCGUCUAUCUGUUGAAGCCUUGGCACCUGCUUGGUGGGAAUUCUUCCAUUUUGAGCUGAUUCGCAAGCUGAUUGAUGAUGCUGAUAUGUCCAUAUUUGGUGCAAUAUUUGAAUUCAAUCCUCCUUCAAGUGAAGAAGCUUCUGUUGCAAAUGCUCCAAGAUUUGUCAUCGCUUUCAGAGGCACCAUAACAGAGAAGGAUACUAUCUCCAGGGAUAUUUCCCUGGACCUGCACCUUGUUCAAAAUGGUCUCCAUAGGACCUCGAGAUUUAAUAUCGCAAUGCAAGCUGUUCAAAACGUAGCCUCAGUUUUCCCUGGAUCCACGAUUUGGCUAGCUGGGCAUUCACUAGGUGCAGGCAUGGCCAUCCUUACGGGAAGAAACAUGGUUAAGAAGGGUGUGUUUUUAGAAAGCUUUCUCUUCAACCCACCAUUUGUUGCUGCUCCAAUUGAAAGGAUCAGGGAUGAAAGGGUAAAGCACGGUUUUCGUAUUGCAAGAAGUGUAAUUACUGCUGGAUUAACUAUUGCCAUGAAAGCUAAAACUGAGGGUAACAGUCAGAGAUCUGUUGGUGAAGAAUCUUUCAGCAUUUUGUCAUCAUGGACACCAUAUCUAUUCGUUAAUCCAGGAGACCACAUCUGUUCAGAGUACAUUGGGUACUUCCAGCACCGGAAGAACAUGGAAGAUCUUGGUGCUGGAUUUAUUGAGAAGCUUGCGACCCAGAAUUCAAUUGGAGACCUGUUCUUCAAGGCAUUAGGAUGGGAAUCAGAACCACUGCACCUUCUUCCAUCUGCUGAUUUAAUCGUCAACGUGAGCCCUUCAUCUGAUUUCAAAUACGCUCAUGGCAUCAGCCAGUGGUGGCAACCUGAGCUGAAUUUGCAGAGCAGUAAAUAUCGGUACUCAUAGUUAUAUCUUAAAAACUUAGUUAUCCUUUCUAUAUCCCUUUAGUUUAUUCAUGUGGUUCAUUCUAUUUGGGUAGUAUUGGUUUCCCAGAUGUGGUAGACUAUUUCAGACAUAUUGACUGCAUUUUCCUGACCUGCAAAAUCUGUUGAUUAUGUGGAGUAAAGUUCUGACAUCCAUCAUGUAUCUGCCCUGUACAAUAUAUUUAUACAUUGAUUAAUUAAUGAUGAUCACAUCAUGUGGAUCGCUGUAUGUA